AUGUACCACACAUCUCCAGUACAAAGUCUUUGGCGCAUGGUGUAUGAGAGCAUAUCAGAGGAGAUCCACAGCCCUCGCCUUGCAGUGUUACAAGCUGCUUUGCUUUAUGCCCACCAGAAACCACUUGGUGACGCACAGUAUACGACCGCCGAAACUCCAUUCCUGUGGUCUUUUGUGGGUCAGCUUGUCGGCUUGGCCUGUUCGCUCGGCGUUCACAUUGAAUGUCGCAUGUGGGGAAUUCCGGCAUGGGAAAAACGUCUGCGGCGUCGUUUAUGGUGGGCUGUUUACGCCGAAGACAAAUGGCGCAGCUUGCUGAUGGGGCGGCCCCCGUAUAUUCACCCAGACGAGUGGGACGUAAGUGAAUUGGACGAGGGUGAUUUCCUGGUAGGUCCUCGGCAAGGAUUUUCUACCUGUUCCUGUGAUACCGAAAUACCGUUUCGGUAUCUAGUGAACUUGGCCAGGAUCGCCGACGAAAUACACGAAACAUUCUAG